AUGGAAGAUUAUAGAAGUAAACAUAAAACCAUACAAAGUGCAGCACACCAUAUCGCUUUGGAAUGUAUACACCCGCAGUCUACACAUGGCUCACCCUAUCAUGUACAUCCUUAUCCCUCUCCAGUCCGUCUACAACAUGCUUUUCAGGCACAACAAAGUCCACAGAUGUUUCAUCCAAAGGGGCUGAAACCAUGCAUUGAUCCAAAAGCAUUUUUGACUCCGAGUGAUAGUCCAAUAUUAGGACGGGCUCUUUGUCUCACUCCACGAGGCAGCCCUCUACCUGGUUGUGUAUCACAUCUAAAUGAAAAGUUUCAAGACUCAUUAACUCUUAAUUCUGAUACAGAAGCACUAGUUGCAAAAAUCAGUGCCAUGUUUCCGACAGUCAGUGAAACACAUAUAAAAAUUUUAUUAAAAAAGUAUUAUAAUCGUGAAGCUGUAGUCAUCAGUGCUUUGCAAGUAGAAAAACAUCCAAUUACAACACCUGGCCCGCUGUCCAUGUCUCCAUCUUCCACACGUUUAACUAAAGGUGCCAUGGGUGUGUAUUCAGCACUGCAACUCGCUAAAGGGGUAUCUGGUUCAUUGCACAGUGCUAAUCACUUUACUCCACUCACUGGAACCCCCCAGGGUUCACCACAACUACUUCGACCAGGCUCCUGUGCUUCCAGUUAUUAUGGAACAACAAAAUCUGAUCAAGCGCCAAGACAUCAAUCACCUAAAAUGAAACUCAAGUAUUUAAAAAGCGUUUUUCCUAAGGCUGAGGAAACUUUAAUACUCGAUGUUCUUGCUAACAAAGAUAAUAAUGUACAAAAGGCAAGUGAAGAACUUAUUUCCAUGGGUUUCUCUAAAAAAGAGACGGUUUUCAUACAACAAAAAAAGAAAGAAAAAACUACACCACAGCCACCUAAGAAAGUUGUCACAAUAGUGAAAUCAAUGGAGGAGAAAAAAGAAUUAAAGGAGAAACUCCAAAAGAAAUACUACAAUAAAGUAGCUGAGAAAGUUGUAACAAUAGCAUUAGAGAGUGUUGAUUACAAUGAGGAAAGGGCAGAACAAAUAUUAGCAGCUGUGGUUCAAGAGGAGGAAACACCCAAAGUUGCCCAAAAAACAGAAGUGAAAGAUAUGAGAUGUCCAAAUAAUGUUGUUGUUAUUAAAGACAUGGCCAAUCUCGGUAUCACAUCACCCAUUAGUUCGCCGAGCCCGCAGCGAGCUCCGAGUCCACCGCCACCACGCCGUCUCAAGAUCUGGACCGAACAUUUGAAGCCAAUUUUGAAGCCAAGCCAAAACAAUGAGAGUAAAUUUAAAUCUCAAUACACCAUUACUACCAAUGGACCAAAUGCUGCUCUGCGACAGGGGCCGAAGGACAGUCUACUUUUGGAGGAUUAUAUGACUUGGAAUGGCCCUAACCCUGAGCUGCGUUGCGGGCCGGGAGUGAAGCAAGACGGUCCAGAUACAAAGAGUAGUGCUACUUCUAUGGCGAGAGGGGCGGCGGGACUAGCUAAGGGACCAGCGGGUAUUGCUAAAGGAUCUAUAUAUCAGAAGAUUAAAAACAAAACGGCCAAAAUGUUUAUAUCUAUUACUAAAAAUUAG